AUGAAUGAGCUUAACCAGGCACUUAGAAAAGUGGACACCCAGUUAGGGGCGUUGGAGCUGGAACUCGAUGAGCGGCUGCGUCUUGUUCUGGUGCUUCGCUUGGAGCCAUCUGCCAACGAUAAUCUAGAUAUUAUUAGCCAUGUUUCCCGCCUGGCAAAACAGUUGUCCCUGUUACAUGACAUCUUGGUGAAUGGAACAAACCAGGCAGCCAUAACGGAAUUCCAGGCCCGACUCGAUCGAUAUCAGCGCUGUUUCGACCGCCUACAAUCCGAUACAUAUAUCGACGUUUCUGAAUAUGCCUUACACUUUGACCCAAUUCCAGAGGUUACCGCAGUAUUAGCAUCAACACCAAAGACAGUGCGGUUCCAGGAUGAUCCUGAUACCAUGCGUAGCGAGCUUAUGGGAACCAAAGCCUUUAAACCAUAUCGGGACGAUGAAGAGGCAAGUUUAGGAUCGUUUGAUCCCGAUACAAACCAGCAACUUUUCGCUCAGCAUCAACAGCAAAUUCUCGACCAGGACCUGCAGCUCGAUACUAUCCAUGACUCUGUGCGUCGCCAGCAUGCCAUGGGAGUGUCUAUUAAUGACGAGGUGGACGACCAUUUAAUUCUUCUCAACGAUUUGGAACUGGGAGUUGAUGCUUCCCAAAUUCGACUCCGCCGAGCCACUGACCGGCUUCGUAAGUUUCGACAAGCAUGUAGAGAAAAUGGAAGCCUAGUCACCAUAGUGGUGUUGACGGUAAUCUUGAUACUUCUUUUGGUGGUACUUAAUUAG